UAUUUUAAUGUACUUACCACAAAUAAGAUUAAAUUUUUUAAUGGUACUGAUCUUAACUUAAUUGUGCAGAUGGCCUGGUGCUGAAUGUUUGGUCUUACAGCACCUCCUUAGGCUUAUGUUAAUGAGAUGCUGUGUUUCUUCCCUGGGACCUUAUCAGGGAAUCUAAGGGCAAAUGUUAUAUCUCAGUGAAUGGUCAGACCUUUGUGUAACUGUCUUCUCCCAAGCUUGAGAUUUGUUGUGUGAAAUGGCCAUUACCUGGCCAUUGCUUUCUUCACUUGUUUCCCCAACUUUUCCACCCUGUAACUGCUCUACUAAGCAGGCGAACAGAGAUGAAAAGUAAGAGGUUUCCUCCUACGUAUUUCUGCCAGGUUUAAGCUUCAGUGGAUAUUUUGCAUGUUAAAAUCUCCAGCUUUCUUGUAAUACUGAAACCCAGCCUAAGCAAGUUACCAGCCUGUUAGAGGGUGGUAGAGCCAACAGUGUAAUUUUGUGGAGCCUGGCAGUGGUUAAUCCUAGCAUACUUCAAAUGCCUGGAGAACUUUCUGCCCCAGUAUUGGGACUGUCAAAUGAUCUCAUGUUGGGGUUUUAAACUCACCAUGUUUAUUACUUAUUGCUGACUGGAUUUUCUUGUCCUUUUAGCUUACAAAGAGAUUGCAAGGCAACCCAUACAGUGCCUCACUAAUGGUUCGAUGGCUGAAGUCUGUUUUUACCGUACAUGCAUCCUACCUUUCCACAUUGCCAGACCUUAUUCCUCAGCUGGGAAUGUUGUACCAGUUGAUGGAGAGCAGAGUAAAAACUUUGCAAAAGCUUUCCCGUCUGCAUGGAAGACUCUUCAUUCUUGUCACCCAGGUUGCAGCAUCACAAACAGUUCAGGAUGUACCCGAGGUUAAUCAGACUGCAAAGCUGGUCUAUGAGGAUGAGUCCUCAGAGGAGGAAGGCUCAGAUGAUGAGAUGAUUGCAGAUAAAGACUCUGACGAAAACUGGGAUGAAGAUGAAGAAAAAGAGGAACAAUCUGAUGAACAAGACAUGACUGUUGAAAAGGAAAUCAAUGGUGAUUCUGAUUUGGAACCAGAAAAUGAAAGUGAAGAAGAGUAACAGCACGAAAGAGUAAUUUUAGCGGUUUGAACAAGUGGGCCACCAAGCUCUUUGAUUCUGGAUCCUGUUGCUGAAAGAUGCUGUACUUGCAUAUCAGGAGUGCAGAACAUUGCACAGCCUGUGUGCAGAGGCACCUGUGGGGCACUGCAUUUCUGAAUCCAGAAUGUUUAACCGUGCCAGCCUUCUCUCGCCCUCCUUCCCUGCGCUUACUUAGAGAAACAUUUCCUCCACCUCCUGGUCAGAUUAUGCCUGUCAUGCGGACAUGCAUUUGUAUCUCAAGUGAAAUAAAUCUGCCACCGCUGUUUGUGUGGGAAA